CGCGUAUUCUUCACCACACUGCCACAUCUGCAGCUUGAUCCAUCUGAUGAUUGGAUGAAAAGUCUCCCAGCUGAGAAAAGGAUGGAAAAUUUCAAUGAUAGAUUGAAUUAUGAAAUAUCAAGUUUUGGAAACCUGGAAAUCAGUGAUGCAGACCUUAUAUUUUUCCCAGUGCAUCGCCAUGCACACUACUUUGUUGUGUGCAUAAAUGUCAAGGAAUCCAAGGUUCAGGUGAUAGACAACAAGGAAUUGCCUGCUGGUGUUUCAGAGCUUGAUAAAUAUGGGGACUGUCCAUACAAACUGAUUGAAGCAUUCAAGGCGUACCUGGCAGCAGGACAAUCCACCUUGACUCACAAACUGAACAGCAUGCCAGUAGAGUUCCUUGCCAUGCACUGGAAAAAUGCAGAGAAUGUCACCGACUGUGGCAUAUAUGUAAUGCGGCAUAUGGAGACUUACAUGGGUGGAGCUCUCGAGAACUGGGAUCCUGGGUUCAAGAAACAUAUGCGCACGAAUGCUAGCUUCAUUUUUGAGUUGAGGGCAAAGUAUGCUGCUUGUAUCAUCACGUCAAAGCUGAACAGCGUCAAAGGCGAGGUCAUGAAAGCUGCAAAGAUUGAAGACAAGAAGAAGUAA